AUGAGCACACCGGAGCCGAUAGCUGUUAUAGGAAUUGGAUGCCGUUUCCCAGGUGGCGCCAAUAGUCCCGAAAAGUUCUGGGAAAUACUUUCCAAAGGACGUGACACCUGGUCAAACGUUCCAGAGGAAAGAUUCAGCUGGAAAUCGUUUCAUCACCCCGAUGGUGAGGCACCAGAGGCUCUCAAUCAUCUCGGCGGCCAUUUUAUUGAUGGCGAAAUUGCACAUUUUGACGGCAAGUUUUUCGGACUUCCGCCUCAAGAAUGUGAAGCAAUAGAUCCCCAAUUCCGUUUUCAAUUAGAAGUCACAUGCGAGGCUUUGGAAAAUGCUGGUCUUCGGCUUGAAGAUCUUCGUGGUUCUGAUACCGCUGUAUAUGUCGCGACUUUUGGGCAGGACUAUGCCCACAUGCAAGAUCGGGAUCUUGAAACCAUUUCCAAAUAUUACAUGACUGGAACGGGUCUAGCAAUGGCCUCUAAUCGAAUCUCGUAUCUACUUGAUCUUCGGGGGCCGUCGAUGACCCUGGAUACUGGAUGUAGUGGAAGCAUGGUGGCAAUUCAUCAGGCUUGCCAGAGUUUGCGAACUGGAGAAGCCAAGAUAGCUGUUGCUGGUGGAGUGAGUCUUAUUAUAACCCCGGAUAUGAUGGUCCCAAUGAGUAUGAUCGGGUAUGUGAUUUUUUCCACGUGUGUUUAUAAAGUAGAACAGUUGCUGAUAACACCACAGCGUACUGAAUAAAAAUGGAAAGAGUUAUUCCUUUGAUAGCCGUGGGGCAGGCUACGGUCGUGGAGAAGGCGCAGCUAUGGUUGUUCUCAAAAAUUUAAGCGACGCCAUCCGAGAUGGUGACUCCAUUCGGGGAAUUAUCCGGAACUCGGGAGUCAAUCAAGACGGCAAGACACCUGGCAUCACGGUACCUAGCGGAGAUGCACAACUACAACUCAUUCGUCGGGUUUACAAACAAGCGAAUCUCAAUCCCCUUCACACCAAGUACGCAGAGGCCCACGGUACUGGUACAAUUGCCGGGGAUGGUAAGUAGCAAUAACCCUGAUUAUAUUUCGAACAGAUUCAUGCUAACAAUUCUCUAGAUGCAGAAAUCUGGGCACUACGCCAAGCCUUCACUUCUUAUGACGAUCAUGGCUCGAACAAACCGAUUCCACUCCGUGUUGGCUCGGUCAAGCCAAAUAUUGGUCAUUUGGAAUCUGCAAGUGGUGCUGCCAGUUUGAUCAAAGCUAUUCUAAUGUUGGAAAAUGAUGCGAUGCCCCCGGUUAUCAACUUGGAGGUUCUAAAAGACAGCUGCAGAGGAGCUGAUAUCAUGGUUAGUUUACAGCUCGCAUAUCAAUAAUUUUGAAAAAGCGAUAGCUAAAUCUCAACAGAUACCCACUAAUCUUGAACCAUGGGAUAACAAAACUCUGCGUCGAAUCUCUGUUAACAAUUUUGGAUACGGAGGUGCCAACGGGCACUUAAUUCUGGACUCAUUAUCGACCUACCAACAAGAAAAUGGUCACGAUAGUCCUAACGGAGAAACAAAAGGACACGAGAAUCACCAAAUCACCAAUGGUACUAAAUCCUCAAACGGCAUAAAUGGUAGCCAUUCACCUGAAGAGGUCAAACCUGAACCUCAACUCCUUGCACUUUCAGCCAAAUCUAAAGAAUCUUUGGCCAGAACAUUGGAAAAUCUAGAACAGUGGAUAUCUCAAAAUCCGGAUCCCAGCAACGAUGCUCUCCGGAACCUGGCAUACACGUUAUCCAAUCGUCGUUCGCUGUUGCGGUGGAGAUGUAGUUUCAUGGGAACAUCGCUUCCAGAUCUUCUCUCUCGAUUGAGUUCAAACCGCCCUCCUUCUGUGAAAUCCAUGGAAAAGAGUCAGAAUGUUUUUGUUUUCACGGGUCAAGGUGCACAAUGGUUCGCGAUGGGUCGUGAACUUAUGAGCCUCAAAUCACCCUAUUCAAAGUCGCUUGAAGCUUCCGACAAGAUUCUCAGCGGCUUUGGUGCCCCCUGGAGUCUGCUUGAAGAACUUUCAUGCAACAAAUCUUCAGACUCCAGGAUCAACGAAAGUCAAAUUGCUCAGCCAGCUACAACUGCAAUUCAAAUUGCACUGAUUGAUCUACUAUCUUCGUUGGAUAUCAAGCCUGACAUUGUGCUGGGCCAUUCAAGCGGCGAGAUUGCUGCGGCUUACGCGACAGGGUCACUUUCCCAAAUCUCCGCAUUGAAAGCAGCAUACUUUCGUGGACGGCUCCAGGUCAGCGCGGCCCUCAAGGGAGCAAUGAUGGCUGUUGGAUUAGGCGAGGUACAAUUGUCCCAGUACCUUUCACGGAUUAAAUCUGGGAAACUGGUCAUUGCAUGUUCAAACAGCCCCGACAGCUCCACCGUGUCGGGAGACGAAGCUGCAAUACUUGAGUUGAAAGAGAUAUUAGAUACAGAAACAGUGUUUGCUAGACGACUGGCUGUGGACACAGCUUACCAUUCACACCACGUUAUGUCAGUCUCGGACACAUAUCUACAUAGUCUGAAUGGACUAGAACACAAGAAUACGUUACCGCACAUUCGUUUCAUUUCCUCUGUUACUGGAAAAGAAAUGACCACUGGAUUUGGGGCCCAAUACUGGGUCGACAAUCUCGUGUCCAAGGUUCAAUUUCAACGUGGUAUUGAGGAGGUCUGUCGAGUAGCAUCAACUUAUUCUCCGCAAGCGAGGCUUUCAUUUAUUGAAGUAGGACCUCACAGCGCUUUGUCUGGGCCUUUGAGGCAGACGAUGUCAUCUUUAACAUUCUCAGCAGGAUUCUCUUGUGCUUCUAUUCUGAUAAGAAACCAAGACGCACGUUAUACCCUUCUAGAAGCAGUAGGCAAAUCAUUCGAGCAGGGCUGUUCUGUCGAUAUUGGAAAAGCAAACUUGUUUUUGGCCCCAAACAAGCCACAAAAGUUAUUAAUCGACUUGCCUACUUAUUCAUGGGAUCAUUCAGAUACUCAUUGGCAUGAAUCACGAUUAAGUAAAGCCCACCGGUUUCGCAAGAAUCCCCACCAUGAUCUUCUCGGUUCACGGAUUGCAAGCAGUACGGUUCAAAAUCCAAUAUGGAGACACAUGCUAGGAAUUGAUCGAAUCCCCUGGCUACGAGAGCACGUAAUUGAUGGUUUCAUGAUCUUUCCCGCAUCGGGAUACAUAUCUAUGGCUAUCCAAGCACUGUUGGAGUCGAGUCUUGAGAGGCCUGGGUUUACGGAUAUCUCAAGCUAUAACUUCAAGAACGUCAAAUUUGCAGCGGCUCUCCUGAUUCCUGAAUCAUCGAAGUCUGUGGAGAUUCAACUCAGUCUUACGGCCACAGAGAACCUUCAAGAUAACUCCAAGUCGAGGUGGGAAGAAUUUAGAGUCUUCUCGGUCUCGGAUCAGGGAACGAGUACAGAGCAUUGCCAUGGGUAUAUCAUGGCGCAAUUUUCAUCCGAGUCGGAUGAAGUGGAAGCAGCGAGAGAACAGAAGCUGAAUUCAUCUGCUCAGGUGGCGCGAUUGCGUAAGAUUGAAUCAGCCUGCAAAGAGGAGUUGAACCAAGAAAAGUUCUACCAUGACAUGGAAAAAACGGGGAAUCAAUACAGCGGAAACUUUGCUUGUAUAGAAAAGAUCAGUUUGGGUGGCACACAAGCCCUAAGUGUCUUGAGCAUUCCAGAUACAUCGCAAUGUAUGCCUGCCCAAUUCCAGCAACCUCAUGUCGUACAUCCUGCAACCCUCGACGCCAUAAUGCAUCAUCCAGUGGCAAUCAUCAAUCGUUGUACGCAAGCAAACUCCUUGAUGGUUGUAGGUAUCGACGAUCUUAAAGUAUCUUCUCGUUUAGCCAACAAACCCAAAACUUCGUUGACGCUUGGUACCACAACAGAAGGGUGCACUUCGAGAUUUCCUUCCGCAGACAUUUCGGUAUUCCAACCGGGUCUGGACCUUUCUGUUAUACAAAUGAAAGCCUUGAAAUUCCGAGCAACUGGAGAUGCUGGAAUGAAUACUUUCGAAAAUGAGGAUCGAAAUAUUAGCUACAAUAUGGAGUGGGAUCUAGAUGCCGACCAUAUGACUUCGUCAAUGUUUUCUCCAGGCCCGAAUUCUGUGGCAGCCGAACGAGCACAGGAAGCCAAACUAAAGCUUUUGAACCAAGCAGCGGCCAUUUAUGUUCGAUCUUGCGUUGGUAAACUUACAGUUGAUGGGCCGCCAAAACUCCCAGGCCAUUUUUCGCAUCUUUUUGACUGGAUGAAACGAUUCAAUCAAUCAGAUGAGUCAAGAUCUUUACUCGAGUGCGUACCGGAGGGCAAUGAGAGAUCUAUUGUCGAAAGUGCUGAAAAGCAGGGGGUAGAAGGAGAGCUAUCUCAACGCCUGGGUCCCAAAAUGGAAGAUAUACUGACAGGAAAGGUGGACCCACUUUCCCUCAUGAUCGAGGAUAAUUUACUCUACCGGGUUUAUUCGGAUGAUUCUAGCGCUCGUAUCUAUGCCCAUGUCAUCAAAUAUAUGAAAAAACUCGCUUUCAAAAACCCAAACGUCCGGGUACUUGAGCUAGGUGGCGGUACCGGCGCGACAACUGCUCCUCUCUUAGAAGCCCUCGGUCCGGACGGUAUUUUGCCUUUUGAGAAAUAUGUGUUCACCGACGUUUCAUCCGGAUUUUUUGAGCGUACGAGAGAGCGUCUCAAGAAGUGGGACAACUAUAUGGAAUACAAGAAGCUGGAUAUGAACAGUGGCUUCUUGCAACAGGGCUUUGAGAAUGAAACAUACGAUCUGAUCAUAGGGGCAAAUUGUAUUCACAUUGCAUCUUCCAUGAAUGACGUGAUGUCUAACAUUCGGCACCUUUUGAAGCCUGGUGGAAAACUUGUUAUGAUUGAAACAACUCGAGUUGUCCCGUUCUACACUACAUUCAUGGGUGUAUUUGAUGGAUGGUGGUCAGGUAAGUGAUUCAUUCGUCAAAUGGUCAAAUUGUAUACUAAUUUGCUCCUCACAGGGGUCGAUGAUGGUCGUACUGAUGGCCCAACUUUGACAGUUGAGGAGUGGCACGCUACACUUCUACGAAACAACUUUAAUGGUGCCGAAAUAGUUGCCACUGAUUUUGGAGGAUCAGCUCAACGAUCGGCAAUGAUUGUUUCUACGGCAAAGGAUUCGAAGAGCGAGACCCUGAAAGAGCCAAAAGGUCGAAUCGAAUUGAUCAUCUGCCCCAGUUGGACAACCAACCCACCAGAAAUUGCAAUUCGCCUAAGCUCAAAACUUCGUCAUCAAGGAUUUGAUGUAACCAUUGAAAGACUUUCGGAUACCACUUUCCAGGGGGAUACGACAUAUAUCAUAUUCGACAACGGAUCUUGUCCAGUUCUGAAAACAGAUGACCCAUCGGUAUUCGACAGCAUCAAGAGUCUUCUAUCAAAUGCAGUUCGUGUACUUUGGGUCAGUUGUCAGGAUAACAGUUCAGCGGACAUGAACCCCGAGAAAGGAAUGAUUGCUGGUCUUGCUCGCGUUUGUCGAGCUGAGAACCCAUGUCUCCAUAUUAUUACCAUCAACGUCCAGGAUAGUGAAAUCGAAGAUCUGGAUCAUCUUCUUCAAACCUUUAGCCGGGUCGUUGAGGAUGGAUUGAUCAACACUUCUAGUUCAUCAAUGAAAGAGCUGGAGUAUAUAUACAUGAACAAGGAGAUCUCGAUCCCACGGCUCAUACCAAACACCAAGCUCAAUGAUCGUGUACAGCAAGCGGAUGGAAAACAUAAAUUGCAGUCACAGCCAUUUUAUCAGCCAAAUCGACCACUCAAGCUUCAAGUGAACAAACCUGGGUUUCUGGAUAGCCUGUCCUUUGUCUAUGAUAAGUCAUUCACAAGUGUAUUGCCUGCAUCGCAGAUAGAAGCACGCGUAGAAGCAUGCGGAAUCAAUUUCAAAGACGUUCUGAUAGCACUCGGCCAAAUCAACGAGGAUAUACCAAUGGCUGGAGAGUUCUCGGGAAUCAUCACAGACGUUGGCUCAGAACAUCGAGAUUCGUUUCAAGUCGGCGACCGCGUGUGUGGGUUCGGUGGUUCAUCAUACACCAGUAUUAUAAGACUCGACGGACGCAGAGCAACACGUAUUCCCAACUCAAUGUCAUUUGAAGUAGCUGCAUCGAUACCUGUUGUAUUCACCACCGCUUACCAUUCGCUUGUUGAGAUUGCCAACCUUCAGCGUGGACAAACUUUGCUGAUUCAAUCUGCCACUGGUGGAGUUGGUCAAGCCGCUUUACGCAUAGCACAGAACAUCGGUGCUGAAGUGUUUGCUACAGUUGGCAGUGCAGCGAAACGUCAAUUGCUUAUUGAGAAAUUUGGGAUACCAGAAGAUCAUAUCUUCUCUAGCAAAUUACUCACUUUCAAAGAGGGAAUUUACCGUAUGACCAACGGCAAAGGUGUCGAUGUGGUUCUAAAUUCCCUCUCAGGUGAAGCUCUCCGUGAUUCAUGGGAUUGCAUCGCGCGCUUUGGUUUCUUCAUCGAACUUGGGAAAGCCGAUUCUCUGUCCAAAUUGGGCUUGAACACGAAACCCUUCGAAAGGAAUGUCACAUUCUCCUCGCUAAAUUUGCAGUUGAUUUGUGAUUACAAACCCGAAAAGGCUGCAAAUCUCCUCAAGAUGGCUGUGAGUCUGUUUAGCACGGGCUUUUUUAUUCCCAUCGAACCCAUCACAACGAUUCCUAUCACAAAUAUCGGAGAAGCUUUCAGACUCGUGCAAGCAAGGGAGCACACAGGAAAGAUCGUCUUGAAAACCGACGCGGAGACCAUGGUUAUGGCACCAGCGGUAACAAGCGACAAUAUGAUUGUUUCAAACGAAGGAACCUAUUUAAUAGCUGGUGGACUUGGUGAUCUCGGUCUGGAAAUCGCUCUUAUGGUUUCCAGUCACGGAGCAAAGCAUAUCGCGAUAUUGUCUCGGAGAAUCCUGCCACUCCCAGAAUUAACGGCGCUUGAGAAACGUUUCGAAUGUCUGGGUGCAAAAGUUUUCGUCUUAAAUUGUGACGUUACUGAUCUAUCGAGUUUGAAAAAGACAAUCUUUUCGUUGGAGGGCUGUGGAAUGCCUCCAGUGAAGGGCGUAGUUCAAGCAUCAAACGUUCUUCAGGUAAACAAACCCCAAGCUAUUAACCGAAGACCACUAAAAACUGCCAGGACCGGGUGUUGACGAAAAUGGAGCUCCAAGAUUUCAAGUUAUCUACAGGCCCCAAAUGUACUGGUACUGCCAACCUAGUUAUAGCACUCGAGGAGCAACCACUGGAGUUCUUUCUCAUGCUGGCAUCUAUCUCCAGCGUGGUAGGAACUAUAGCUCAGGGGAAUUAUGCUGCCGGAAACAACUACAUGGAUACACUCGCAUAUAACAACAAAGUCAUCGGAUUGUCAUCUACUCGUUUCGUUGCAGUCGACUUUGGCCCCCUCGAUGAUGCUGGUGUCAUUGCAAACUCGCAAAGAACAAAAGAUGGACUCGUUCGACAGGGAUACAUGUUACUCAAACUCAAGGAGUUACUGGCUUUGAUCAGCUAUGCUAUCAGCCAUGCAGCAAGAGAGGAGAAAAGCAAUCAGUUCGUUCUUGGGGUGGACUAUAAGUCCAUCCUCGACUCGGAUAACAAAUACACUCUCAAGAACCCAAUGUUCGCACAUCUAUCCCGUCAGCACAAAGCGGGACAGAGUAUCGAGGAAAACGGGGUCAAGGUCCAAAGCAUAGGAAGUCUCAUUUCUUCCACAAAUGACCUUUCCAAAAUUCGACUCCUGAUCUCAGAAGAAAUUACCAAAAAGAUAUCAAAGCUUGUAGGAAUAGAUUCAGAGGAAAUCGACGUCGAACAUAGCAUGGCUGAUUUCGGCCUAGACUCAUUGGUCAGUAUCGAAUUAAAAAAUUGGAUCACACAAACCUUCAAAGCCAAGCUUCAAGCUUCCGAGAUAUCGGAUGCCGCGCACAUUGUGGCAUUGGCUGAUCUGGUUGCUUCAAGAUCAGCAAUCAUCUCCCAAAAAGGCGAAACCAUCACCGAAACCGAACCCGAGAAGCAGAACGGGAACCAAAUUGAGCCCACGAAAGAUAUUGUCGUUUUGCCAAAGCAACCAUUACCAGAUCUAGACAGUUCCCUCACUCAAUUCCUGAACUGUCUCCUCCCCGUACUAACACCAAAGGAAUACGCCAAGUACGAAUCCUGCGUGCGUGAAUUCCAGAAACCCGCAGGAUUCGGUCGAAAACUCCAAGCCCGGCUCGCGCAAUUAUAUCACGACCCCCUGGUAGAAAACUGGUUAGGCGAGUUCUACACAACCAACAUGUUUCUAAAGAGUCGCCGCACAUUGGUUCCCUGGUCGAACUUCUUUGCAACGCACUUUGUAAGUCCGUAUCAACAUACUCCCGCAGAAAGAGCAGCUAUCAUUUCUACGUCUGCGUUUCGGUUUAAGCAAGAUCUAGAGGAGGGAGGAUUAGCUCAGGAAUUUUUCAACGAUCAAGCAACUAGCUCCGAGGCGUAUAAGUGGUUCUUUAAUGCUACGCGGGAGCCGGGGAGAGAUAUUGACGCGAUGAGGAAGUAUCCAGGAAAUGACUAUUUGGUUGCAUUCCGUCGGGGUCAUGCAUACAAAAUUCCACUCAAAUAUGCGAGUGGAGCCACCUCCUAUGCCAUUCUUCGGGAUACUUUUCAACGUAUUUUAGAUGCUGAUCAGAAAUCCGAAUCGUGGGUUGGAGCUCUAACGCAGGACUCGCGAGAUGACUGGGCCGUUGUAAGUGUUUCGUCCUCCCAAUGUAUCUACUCAACUGUGGCUAACCAGUUACAGAACCGAGCCGAGCUUCAAAACAUAAGCGAAUCGAACAGAACCUGGAUACACGACAUCGAAGCUUCUGCUUUCGUACUGUACUUGGAUGAAGCCAAGCCUCAAAAUGCCUCUGAGCGUGGUCCGCACUUUCUCCACGCAAAUGGCCGUAACAGAUGGAGCGAUAAAACGAUUCAAUUCUCCGUCUGCGAUAACGGCAUCUCGGCUAGUAUUGGAGACCAUACGACACUAGAUGGCGUCCCCUUCAUGCGACUAAACACUUGGAUCUCCAAGGCCAUCGUGGAUUUCAAUCCAAAAGAUCUACCCGCCACCCCUGGACCAUCCUCGUCAGCAAUCGACGUAAACGAGUACACAUUUGAGACCACUCCCCCACUCAAAGCGCACAUCACAAGAAUCCUCACCCAAAUCCACAAAGACACCUCCCGCUUCGAAUACCAAAUCUUCAAACUCCCAACUAUCAACCGCUCGCUAUUCCGCCACCACAAAUGCCCCCCCAACUCCGGCGCCCAACUUGCCCUCCAACUCGCCGCCCGUCGGUACUGGGGCUAUAAUCCCCUCGCUCUAGAACCCAUCUCACACAGCCAUUUCCACCAAGGCAGAAUAGACGUAAACAUCACUCUCCUCCCACCUCUCGCGGAUUUCUGUACCGCAGCUGCCCAAACAAAGACGCCCAGCAAAGAACUACGGAAACUAUUCUUUGACGCUGCACGCGCACAUGCGGGUAGUGUCAUGGCCGUAGCACGGGGUCACGGCUUUGAUAGACAUUUCCUUGCUCUGAAAUGGGCGGUUAAAGACGACGAGAAGGUCCCGGAGUUACUUACCGAUCCGAUUUAUAGGGGGAAGCGGAGUCCGCCGAAGCUUAUGACGAAUUGUAUGGCGAGUGGGGGUGCGGAGGGUGGUGAUGUGUUUGAUGAUGAUGAUAUGUUGUCUAUUAAUUUCGAAGUGACUGAUGAUUGGUAUGUUUAUUUCUUGAUAUUGAUUCGCCCUUUGCUUUUGGGACUCUUACUGAUUUUGGUUAAAUAGUACUAAGAUCUCGGUGUGGGGGAAUGCUGGGAAGGUUGAUGGAUUUAGGGAGAUUUUGGAGGAGAGUGCUAGAGAUGUUAAGGCUAUUAUUGAGAUAUAGUGUAGAGCUUGUUUUAUCUCGAGUAUCUAUUCUAUUU